AUGGAAGAAGAAACCUAAGGAUUAGUCGAGUAGAAAAUUAAAUUAAAUAAUGCAAAAGGAUACAGGAAAAUAGUAUCCCCAAUAUUUAACACAAUAAUGCUCAUUAUUGUAUUCUGUUUAAUUGCCUUUAUGCUUACUAUGAUGAUAUAAUAGUAAAAGCUUACAUAACAUGAUCAAACAUAAUUUCUAUAGAAAUAGUAAAUUAAAAAACCCUUGAUUGACAAUAAUGUUUAUGAAUAUAUCACUUUAGAAAAUGGACUUUCUGUUUUAUUAAUUUAGAAUAACGAUGCAAUCAUUUCAUAAGUGGCAUUAAGUGUAAAAGCAGGAUCCUUUUAAGAACCAGCUAAUUAUGGUGGUUUAGCUCAUUUAUUAGAACAUAUGUUAUUUGUUGGAUCUCAUACAUAUCCAGAUCCUAAUUAUUUUAAUACCUUAAUUUACAACAAUGGAGGAACAAAUAAUGCUUACACAGAUAAUUAUGAAACUAAUUAUUAUUUUACUAUAUAAAAUAGUGCUUUACAUUAAGGUUUAGAUGUGUUUAGUCACUUCUUCAUAGAUCCAAUCUUGGAUUAAAAGAUGGUAGAAAAGGAAGUAAAUGCAGUGAAUAAUGAAUAUGAAAUCAUUACUGAUACUGAUGAAUGGAAAAUUGAAGCUUUAUUAUAGAUAUUAUCAGAGAAAUCACAUCCAUUUAGUUAAUUUUCAAUUGGAAAUUUAAAUACUUUAUUAAAAGAUGAAAGUAAUUUAUCUUAAAUAUAAAUUUGAUAGUAUCCGAAUAGUUGAAACAAUUUUUUAAUUAAGCCUAUUCAUCUAAUUUAAUGUCAUUAGUUGUAGAAAGUAGUUUACCAAUAACUGAACUUAAAACAUAUAUAAAGAGUUUUGAAAAGAUCAAAAAUAAUAAUUUAGUGGAACCAUCAUGUGAAGAUUUUGGAUCUCCAAUCUAAUAUGGAACAUAAUUAAUUUAAUAUAAAUCAAAUUCAGAUGUAAAGAGAGUUUACAUGACUCAUUAAUUGUCUGAUGUUCAAUAAUAAUACAAAACAAAAGCUAUAGAAUUAAUUAAUAAUUUAAUUUAAUCUAGCAAAGGAGUUAAAGAAUAUUUAAUAUAAAAAAAUCUAAUUAUAGAUAUGUCAAGUGGUGUUUUAUUUAAUGAUCAUAAUGGUUGUUUUAGUGUUCUUGCUUUAGAAUUUUAAGUUUAUAAUCUCAAUGAUUAUGAUCAGAUUAUAUAAUCUGUCUUUUCAUAUUAUUUCUAUCUUAUACAGACUUUAUUUGAUGAUUAAGGAGAUACUUUAGUUGAUAAUGAUAAAUUAAGAUCAUUAUAUAAUGAUUAUAAAAAAACAGCAUCUCUGAAAUUCAAUUUUAAAGAAAAUAUUAUUGAAGAUAUUUAAGAGAUAGCUCAUAAUUUAAAUAUAUAUGGAUUUCAUGAUGUUUUAUCUAGAAAAUAUUUGUAUGAAGAUUAUGAUCCUGAAUUAAUAUAUUUUUAUCUUACUGAUUUAUUAGAUAUUGAUAAUUUAAAUGUAUUUUUAGGAGAUUCCUAAUUAAAUCAUCCUGAUGUUUAAUAUGAUAAAGUUAAUAGAAUUAAUUAUGUCUUUUUGGAUAUUCCAGAUUCAAUUAUAUAGAAAAUAUAAACAUAUGAUGAAAUUGAAUAACCUAAAUUCUAAUUACCAUCUAUUCAUAAAUAUUAACCAAAUGAUUUGAAAAUGAAAUCAUUUUGCAAACCUUAUUCAUAAACUAAUUAAGAAGAUCCUUAUGAAGAUUUAUAAAAUGAGAAUAUGCUUAUUUAAAGAAAUUCAGAAAUGGUCUUUUCAAAUGUUGAAGUAAUAAUUGUUUUUAAUCUAAUAAGGAAUGUUUACAAUAUGAACACUAAUAUGAAGAAUUAUAUCCACUUCCUGAAUAUUUAUUUAAAUCAUCAAUUGGAAAAUUAUGGUGGAAAUUAGAUAGAUCUUAUAAAACACCAGCCAUCUUUAUGGGAAUGAAAAUAGAUAAAAUCAAUUUUCAAUUCACUUUAAAAUAAUAAGUAUUAUUAAAGGUAUUUCAAUCAUAUACUUCCACUUUAAUUUCAUAACAUUUAGAAUCAGCCUUUUAAAAUAAUUAUAAUUUUAAAUUUUAAUCAUCACCUAAUCAUAUUAUAUUUAAUAUUUAUGGUUGGAAUGAUAAAUUCUUUGAUUUUAUUGAAGAUUCAUUAACAUUCUUCAUUAAACAAUAAAUCGAUUUAUAAGUUUAUGAUCAAACACUUAAAACUUUGAUUAAUUAAUAUAACCAAGAAUUAUAAAGUCCAUUAUAUUCUCAAAUAAGAAAUCACUUUUUCUUAAAUGUAUAAAAUCAAUUAUAUAUAUUUUUAGACUCUUAUAUAUGGUUACUAUGAACCAAAAUAAAUCUUAUAAGAAUUAAAAAACAUAAAUAUUAAAGAUUAUGAAUAAUUCCAUUCCUAAUUAUUCAAAGGAACAAACUUUUAACUCUAUUUAACAGGCAAUGUACUCAGAGAAGAAGCACUUUCUCUAUUUAAAUCUAUAGAGAAAAAGCUAUUUGGAAAACCAAAACAUUUAGAUUAUAAUCCCAUCUAUUCGAAAAUUCUUAAACUUUCGAAUAAUUAUAUUAUUCCAUAUGCAGCAGAAUCUAAUGAAAAUAAUGGAGCUACAUUUAAUUAUUAUAUUUUUGGAAAUAGAAAUAGAAAAUAAUUUGCCAUAAUGAAUAUUUUGAAAGGAACCUUUGAUAGUUCUGCAUUUAAUUAUUUACGAACUGAUUUACAAUUAGGAUAUUUAGUAUCUGCUAAAUUUACACCUUUAGAAUGUCUUGAUGGAGCAGCAAUUUUAGUUUAAGGUAGUGCUCAAACACCUUAUUAAGUAAAUUAAUAUAUUGAAGAUUUUCUUUAAUUUUUCUAUAAAGAAAUUGAAAAGAUGACAGAUUUUGAUAUUGAAGAAUUAAAAAAAGCAGCUGUAAUAAAUAAAUAUAUAAUAAUUUUAGAUCUAAUAAUUGAGAUAAAAAGAAAAAACUUUAUUUGAAAAAGGAUUAGCUUAUUGGGAUCAUAUUUAAAAUAAUGAUUUCAUAUUUGAAGAAAAAGAAAUUACUAUUGAUUAAAUUGAUCUUCUAAAAAAAGAAGAUAUACUUAAUUUUCUUAAUACUGCCUUUAAGAAGUCAUCUAAAAUUAGUAUACAACUUUAUGGAAAACAUAUGCUAAAAGGAAUGUCUAUUGAAGAAUUCUUGAAAAAUCAAAACCCAAUCAAAAGUUUUUCAGAUCUUGAAGAGAAAAUAUCAGAUAAAGAAAAAAUAAAAGUUGGAGCAAUGUUAUAUUAAUGUUCCUUUAAAUUAGGUUAGAUAUGA